UUAUUUCCGUUUACCUACGCGUUUGAAUCAGUCGUGUGAAUCUGGAGUGCGAAAAAAAUGAGCAAAAUUUCCACAACAGGAUCUCCUCCUACGGUGCACAAUUUCGACCAAAAAACCGCCCAUCCGUUGGAGUUUCCUGUGAACAAUGACGUCACCAUACUGCAGAGCCCAGCGCGCUGCCAAUGUGGAUGGUUUGACUGGAACGUGCUGAAGACUGUUCGUUCGGCUCUCAAGAUCGGACAGAUAACAGCUGCCAUCGUCAUUCUGGCCCUCAUCCGGACCCGUCGCCGUCACAAUUCGGAACCGCUAGAUUCUCUUCCGGAAAUUGCGUUCCUAUUCCUCGCCAUCAAUGCCCUGAUAGGGACGGUGCUUUCCCUCGGCGAUUCCAUCCUGAAAGUGCAUCCUCUCCGGAAGGCAUUCACUCCGGUGCUAUGGUUCCGGGUGGAACUUUGGCUCACCGGAUUGGCAGCGGUUGCGUUCCACACGCUGGCAUACGUCGUGUUGGUGUUUGCCCUUAACUACUACGGCUACGCAACCAACAUAGUGGCGUCCGCUUUCGGAUUUGUCAAUGCCGGACUGUAUCUGGUGAAUUGGUGGAUGAAUUUCAGCAAACGGCACGAAACUGUUAGAAAGUUGGAAAACGCGAGGGGUUACGAAGAUGAAUAAAAAAAAUUGUAUGUUAUUGGAUUGGUGAAGGAAAAUAGUAGGAUUUGUUAAUCACACCCAAUUCACGGUUUGCAUUGAAAGUAACAAGAAAGUAUAUAUAGGUAUUGGCAUUAUAUUGUAUAGCAAUUAAAUGCGUAUUUCUUCAUUUACAUCUA